CGCCUUGGGGUCUCCUCUUUCUCCCCCGUGUCUCUUUGAGAGUUUCUAUACAUACACCCACGUGUAUAUAUAUAUAUAUAUAUGAAUAUCUUCGUGCGCACAUACAACGCAAUUAUACCCAUUUAGCCAUGGAAAACCAGAGGGAUUCCAGUGGAGUUGAAGCCGAGGAAGAAAUUCACCAUGAGUUUCAGUGUUGCGUUUGCCUGAAUCUUUUAUUCUUACGGACAAUCUUAGCAUUUUUCUUUUGAUCUGAUCUGCAGGGAUCUUCUAUACAAGCCUGUUGUCUUAGCCUGUGGGCAUAUUUCAUGCUUUGGGUGUGUCUUCAAAUCAAUGGAUCCUUGGCAGGAGUCGUACUGUCCAGUUUGUCGGCAUCCAUAUAAUCAUUUCCCUAGAAUCUGUCAAUUACUGCACUCCUUGCUCUUGAAGUUGUACCCAGUAGCUAACAGAAGAAGGGAACAGCAGGUUAUAGAAGAAGAAAAAAGAUUAGGAUGGUCCUCACCCCAGCUAAAUAUCCACAAUGGUGUUCCCUCACUUUAUGCCACCACUUCACGUGAUGAGGUUAGUGUAAGAUCAUGUACUUUAGUUGAGGGGGAGCCUUCAGAAAUCAACGUUUCAUCAGAAAGUACUAAUGUGCCUCAUAAAGAUGAAAAAGUAUACAGUCCUGCAAAAUCAACUAUUGAAGACCCUGAAAAUGUGGCCUCCAUCCAAAACAAUUUGCUUGGAGAUAAAUGCUGUAAACUGCAAAAUUGCAAGCAUGUGCUUGUAGCUGAUUUGUUGUGUGCCAUAUGCAAGGAACUGCUCCAUCAACCUGUAGUUCUUAAUUGUGGGCAUGUAUACUGCAAAGCUUGUAUACUUCAGAGCAGUGAUAAGGUCCCUAGGUGUCCAGUUUGUCAAAGUGCACAUCCUAAUGGAUACCCGAAGGUUUGUUUGAUACUAGACCAAUUUUUGGAGGAGCAGUUUCCAGAACAAUAUGCAUUCAGAAGGGAAGCUGUAUCCAAGCAAGCUGAUAAUCAAAAUGGAAGUUCAUCAACAUGUUCAACUGAAGCCUCAAAAAUUGAUGCUCCAUCAUCUUCAAGACCUAUCUAUGAUUACCUGUCAGGACGGUUAGGCCAAGAACAACUCAAGAUUCAUGCUGGAGUUGGCUGUGAUUAUUGUGGGAUGUGCCCGAUAAUCGGGGAGCGGUACAGGUGCAAAGACUGCAAGGAGAAGAUUGGGUUUGACUUGUGCGGAGGCUGCCAUGAGAGGUCGGCGAAGCUUCCAGGGCGGUUUAACCAGCAGCACAGACCAGAACACGAGCUUGAGAUUGUAAAGCCGGAAAGCAUGAUGGCUAACGUGAUACUGCUUCAGGUUGAAGAAGAUUCGGGUGAGCAUGAUGAGUCUGAUCAUCCGGCAGACGUGGAAAGCAUCCCUUCUGCUUCCUCCAUGUCUGCUGAUUCUCCAGAGGAUGAUGGUUCAGCUGCCCCCAUUUCCUCGGACAAUGCCUUACAGGAAGAUCAACAGGCCACUCACUAAUGAUUCAAACCAUUGACAAGUUCUUUUCGGAGAGAUUAAUGCAACUUUGGGAUUGGGACUGGGAAUUGGGAUGUGGAUAGCUGAUGGCUGAUACCCUCUGGCCACCACAUUCAUUCUGCUUUGGACCUUUUUUAUUUUACGGUAAAUCUUUUUAUUUUACGGGGAUAGAAUCUAUCCAGAUAGAAAGACAUUUAAUACUUGUUUUAUAUUAUUUUAUAAUAUUUUAAUUAUAUUAAACAAAAUAGAAAGACAAUUUUAAUUUUAUAAAAA